AUGGAAGAGUGUGGAGGACACUUUUCACGGCAUUGUUUUGCACAGAACAGUACAGUAUUGUACGAUGCUGCCGCCUUCUCCGUCAAUACCUCUGCCGCCCCCAUCCCACCGGACCCCACCUUCGUCACCACCUCCAGUGCUUCUGCUGUCGGUGCCAUCAACUCCGCCGCCGCUGCUGCCUUCGCCGCCCUCGCCGUCCCCACCGUCCCCACCGUCCCUACCGUCCCCACCGUCCCCACCGUCUCCACCGUCUCCACCGUCCCCGCCGUCCCCACCGUCCCCACCGUCUCCGCCACCCUUGCCGCCGUCUCCGCCACCAGUGCCUCCGCCACCGCCACCCCCACGGAUCUCGUCGGCCCCGCCGCCCUGCCGCCCGCCGCCCCGCCUCCUCCGCCGCCCUCGCCGUCUCCCAUUGCCGGCACCAUCGUCUCCGCCGCUUCCUUCUCCCCCACCUAUCCUAAAGCCGUCGCUGGCGCGGCCUCCGCCGAUUCCACCGCCCCGCCUGCGCCACAGGAACUGAGUUAUUUCGGUUCCUGCGACCAAGUCAACCCGUGCGAUGAGCCGAUCCCACUGGGCCCGCCCCCCGGCCGCUGGGAGGAGAAGCUGGACGCCGCCGGGCCGUCGACAUCCGCUUCCGCCGUCCCGGCACAGGACGCCGCCCCCGUCCCCGCCGACGCCGCCCUCGCGGACGGGGACGCCCCGCCCUCGGACCUCAACCCCGGGGGCGGAGGCGGGAGCGGGGUGGCCCGCAAGUCCAGCAAAGCCAAGCGCGUCAAGAGCUACCUGAAGAAGUGCAAGGACGCCGCCUUGCAUAGCAUCGCGGCGGUGGCCGGGCAGGAGGAGGGCGACGGCGAGGGCGACGGGGAGCCGCCCUCCGCCCCCUCCGCCGCCGCCGCCCCGGUGCGACGCCGCCGCACGUCGUCCAAGCGGCGGAGCAACAGCGGCGGCCGCGACGCCGUCAGCACCACGUCGUGGUACGUGGGCGCCGACGAGCCGCCGCCCGCCCUGCCCGAGCGGCCCGUCUCCUCCCCGCCGCCCGACCUGCUGGCGUCGCAGCUGAAGCUGGGCGUGGAGAUGUUCGACGAGGGCGCGGUGGAGGAGGAAGUGCUGGAGCUGCCGCCGCUGGAGGGGCCCGAGCCGGAGGAGCUGGCCGCCCCCGCGGAGCCCCCGGCGCCUCCCGUGGAGGCGGCGUCCGCCUCCGCCACCACGGUGACGGCGGCCGAGGCCACCCCGGCCGCGCAGCUCCCGGCGCCCACCGCCACCACGGUGACGGCGGCGGCGGCGGCCGAGGCCACCCCCGCCGCGCAGCCCCCGGCGCAUGUGGCUGCCUCCGCGCUCGACGCCGGGCUGGACCCGCGCACCGAGGGCGGGACGCCGCUCUCCGACCGCCCCGCCUUCCCGUUCGAGCUCUCCUUCGCCGUCCCCGGCGUCGUCCCGGACGACGCCGAUGGCGACGGCGACGCGAACGAGUGCUUUUUCGACGCGCGCGAAACCGUGUCGUCAGGACCCGUGUCUGACAACGAACCGACCGCUGACGACCAGCCGGACGACGCGACUGAGCUGGUGGCUAUUAACGCCUCGCAGCUUCAGCAGCCUGUGGUGUUCCAGGAAUGUGUAUUGCAGCUGUGUGCGCCGCUGGAAUCUCCGAUGCUGAACUACUACGAAAAAUCACCCCAGAACUGGGGUUAUCUCAGUAGCUGUAGCGAAGCUUCUCUCAUCACUGCCCGUGGGCAGGAAUCUGCCCUGAAUGAGAAGAUACAAUCCUUUGGAAGCCAGAGCCCCAUGUGCCAGUGGUCACGAUUAGCCCCAAAGAGAAACAUGUGUCGAACCAGCGGAACUGGCCCAUGCGGCGUGGCGCGGCAUCGUGAUUAG